AUUUUGUACUAUCUUUCUAUUUAUUUUUAGAUUAAAAAUUAAUUCCAUCAUGUCUAAAUAUUUUGGUAUUAUGUUAUUGGUAACUUUGAUAUUACCUGUUUUUACACUGAAAUGUUAUAAUUGUCAACAUAGUUCUUGCAAAACACCGGUAAGUGCAAGUGCGACUGUGGAUUGUGAGAAGGGAAUGGUUUGUUCAACUUUUGCAGUGCAUAGUAGAAUAGAUGAGUCGAAACCAUUCAACACAAGUGCAAGCAUAUACACCAGAGCUUGUCAUAAGGAAACAUCAAAUUCUUGCACUUUUGGAUGUUUACCCAGCAAACCAGGUGCUGGUGUGACGGAGAUAAAUUGCAGGUCAUGUUGCUCAACUGAAAAAUGCAACACAGAUUUUCCAGAUUGGGAAAAUAUCAAAUCCAACUCAACACCUGAUCAAUCAGUUUUUACACUGAAAUGUUAUAGUUGUCAACAUGGUUCUUGCAAAACACCGGUAAGUGCAAGUGCGACUGUGGAUUGUGAGAAGGGAAUGGUUUGUUCAACUUUUGCAGUGCAUAGUAGAAUAGAUGAGUCGAAACCAUUCAACACAAGUGCAAGCAUAUACACCAGAGCUUGUCAUAAGGAAACAUCGAAUUCUUGCACUUUUGGAUGUACACCCAGCAAACCAGGUGCUGGUGUGACGGAGAUAAGUUGCAGGUCAUGUUGCUCAACUGAAAAAUGCAACACAGAUUUUCCAGAUUGGGAAAAUAUCAAAUCCAACUCAACACCUGAUCAAUCGGCUUCGUUUUUUGUUUUUUUAGUAACAGUUUUAGCAGUGAUGCUAUGUCGAGUCCUGUAAACGGACGAUGUUUUCUUUUUUUAUGUGUGGACAUAUCUUGUUUUAAAAGGGACUUUUAAAACGGUGUUGAUGUAUUUAGUAUUUAAUGUAUUUUAAUGGCAAGCAGAAGUGAUUUGAGACGGUUUCUAUUAUUUUAAACAAAGAGAAACGGAUAUUUUGCUAAAAUCAAAAAGUGUCUGCUAUACAUUAAAGAG